CUAUAAUCAAACAGAUCAAAUAUGAGAAGAGUUUAAUCAGCAGCCCCUAAUUUAGGUAAAAUACUCGUACUAUCAAUAGAAUUUUCAAUGGAAGAUAUGUUCAGAAUAGCUACAAAACAAACAUCUGCUUUUGGUAUCGAAGGAUAUGAAGUUCCUAAAAAAUAUGCCGAUCCACUUAAGCAAAUGGAAGAUAGAAAGUUUUCAGCUUAAAAGAAAGGUAAGCAAUCUGCAUGUUAUUUCAAGGUUAAAAAAAUUUAGGCUAUGUUACUAAAAGAGGACACUAUUUAGAAGAUCAAAAGAAAAUAUAUGAGAAACUGCCUGCGCCAAAUAAGUACGAUAUCGUUAAGCCUUGGGUGAUUUAGGCUUAGAGCACACGAUCAAGGUCAGCUCCACCAAAAAGGUAGUUUUAUUUGAUAAUUUUUAGAACAACUUUCAUUGAUUAAAUAUUCAAGGAAGCUAAAUUAAGAGGAGUUCCAGGUUCUGGAAAAUAUAACGUUGAAAAACCAUUGGAUGAAGUAUUGAAACAAGUAGAAGAAUAAAAAAAGAAAAAAAUUGAGUAUUCUCUAAAUAUUAUUAUUUUUAGAGCAGGAGAGAGACCUACUUAUUUAAAUGAAAUAUAACACUUAGCUGUAAUUAAUCCAGGUCCUGGAAAUUAUAAUCCAAGAGUAUUAUCAUUAUAUUAGGAUAGCCAAUUUCAAAAAAGUUAAAAAAAAAUGAAACCAAACCUUCUGAUUUUAUAACAAAACAUUAAGAGUAAGCUAAAAAAAGGGGAAAAUCGGCUUUACCUGAUGUAGGCUCAUAUAAUCCAGAACCACUUUCAUUUACUACGUUUAAUAAAUUAUAAGUAAAUACAAAAAAAAAGGAAAGAGUAGAUAAACAUGUAAAUAUGAAUAUUUAUCAAGACUUUUGGAACCGAUGUGAGGUUCAAAGAUCCAAAAAAGAGUAAAUCAAAAUAAUCCUUAUUACCUGGACCUGGAUAAUACCCGUUAAUUGUCUAAUGGCAAGGUAAAGAAUAAGACAAAUCCAAAGCAAAGAUAAAAAGUUAUAUGCAAUCAACUACUAAGGGAAUACAGCGAUCAAUAUAUUAUUGA